AUGCGCUUCUCAUUCAUCUCGACGGCUCUGCUGGGCCUUGUCAGCUCAGUCAACGCCUGGGGCGGCAUGACACCUGAUAGUAAACAGUUCCGCACGCUGGAACGUCACGGACUUACAGCGUUCCAACAUGCUGCGACCAAUUCGAAGCUCGAGUAUGUGACCAAUUCGGGAAUCUGUGAGACUACGCCUGGAGUUGGGCAAUACUCAGGAUACCUGUCUGUCGGCAAGAACCACAGUAUGUGGUUUUGGUUCUUCGAGGCCCGCAACAAUGCUGAGGACGCUCCUCUCGCUAUCUGGCUCAACGGUGGUCCUGGUUGCUCCUCUAUGAUCGGCCUUUUCACUGAACAUGGGCCAUGCCACUUCGUCAACAACGACACUGAGCCAACUCUCAAUCCUCACUCCUGGAACGAAUACGCAAACAUGCUCUACAUCGACCAGCCCAUCGGCUCUGGCUUCAGCGUCGGUACUGAAGAUGUCAACUCCACGGCGCAGGCAGCUCCUUAUAUCUGGAAGUUCAUGCAGGCCUUCCUAGACAAAUUCCCAAAGUACAAGUCGCGAGAAUUUGGACUCUUCACGCAGUCAUACGGUGGACACUAUGGCCCUGAGUUUGCCGACUACUUCCUCAAGAAGAACGACAAAAUCGAAAAGGGUGAUGUCGACGGCCACAAGCUCGAUAUGGUUGCGCUGGGCAUCAAUAACGGCUGGAUCGACCCUGAACGGCAGUUCAAGUCCUACGCGACAUACGCGAACCGCAAUCCCUACAAGAAGAUUCUUGAUAAAAAGCUCCUAACACGUUUUAUUGACUUAUACGACGAGUAUUGUUUACCUGCCCUCAAAAAUUGUACUAAACUCGAGGGCCAGGACGAGGAAUGCGCAAAGGCCGAUGAUGUGUGUAACACUCAAAUGUUUACCAACCUUGAGAUUGCAAGCAGAACCGACUUCAACGUUUAUGAUGUGCGCAUCGGAAGAGAUGAUGUUGACCCGCCGGAGAACUUCCUUGAGUACAUCACACGAGCUGAUAUCAUGGAUGCGAUUGGAGCGAAUACACGGUUUACUGAGUGCAGUGACACUGUUUUUGCAAACAUGGUGACCACGGGAGACGGUGCGCGCUCAUACGUCGAACGUUUGGCCGAUGUGGUGAAGCGUGGUAUCAACACGGUUAUUUGGGCCGGAGAUACCGAUUGGAUCUGCAACUGGGAGGGUGUUCUCUGGGCUUCUUAUGCGCUUGAAUGGCCAGGCCAGAAUAAGUUCGUAGCGGCACCAUUCAGUAACUACACAGUAGACGGUAAAGCCCACGGUCGAUACAAGACUGCUGAGAACCUGUCCUUCCUGAAGGUUUGGGAGGCUGGCCAUUCAGUGGCGUAUUAUCAGCCUGAGACUGCGCUGCAGGUGUUCAAGCAGGCUAUGCAGAAGAAGCCCAUUAAGGCGACCUAA